CGCUAAACGUAAGAGAGUAACGAGCUGGAUACAGCUAAAGAGAGACUUGUUAGAAUGUUGCAAUCUCUCUCUCUCUCUUAAUUUUCUCUCUCUAUAUUUCUACUUAUUACUUCUACUUAAUCCACACUUUAGUUAACCCAAAGAAAACACACUCUCUCCCUCCACCGACAGUAUUAUUUUCUCCCAAACAACCAUGACAGAUCGAGUAUACCCCGCCGUCAAACCCACCACCACCGCCGCCAACGGUAACGGCGUAUCCACCGCCAACCCAUCUUUCCCAGCCACAAAGGCCCAACUCUACGGUGCCUCUCGCCCAACCUACCGUCCUCAACCCCAUCACCGCCGUACCCGCCGUCGCUGCUGCUGCACCUUCUUCUUCUACCUCCUCCUCAUCAUCCUCAUCCUCCUCCUCAUCAUCGGCAUCGCCGGCACUGCUUUCUACCUAAUCUACCGUCCCCACCGUCCUUCCUUCACCGUCACUUCCCUCAAACUCUCCUACCUCAACCUCACAUCUUCCUCCACUCUCAACUCAAAAUUCAACGUCAACAUCACCGCCAAAAACCCCAACAAAGACAUCACCUUCGUUUACCAACCCACCUCUAUUCAAAUUCUCUCCAACGAAAUCGAUGUCGGCGACGGAACAAUCCCCUCUUUCAAACACGGCAAGAAGAACACCACUCUGCUAAAAGCUUCCAUUCUGAGCAAAGGAGCGCCGCUAGAGAGCGACGCCGCCACAGAGUUGAAGAAGAACAUGAAGAGCAAGAACGGGUUACCGUUGAAAGUGAAAUUAGAUACCAAAGUGAAGGCUAAAUUGGGAAAAUUGAAGACACCUAACGUCAGAAUAAGAGUCUCUUGUGACGGAAUCAGAGUCCAUGUUCCCGCCGGUAAGAAACCGGUGGCGGUAACGGCGUCAACGUCGAAGGUUAAAUGUGAAGUUGACGUGAGAUUUAAGAUCUGGAAAUGGACAGUUUAAUUGAUGAAGUAAACAAGUCCAUGUGGAAGAAGAACACAUGACAUUAUCAUAGUCAAUAGAGGUGUGUUGUGUUUUUUGUUUUUUUGUUUUGGCUUUUUUGUUUUUAUUUAUUUAUUUUCUGGUUUUUAUUUUUGGUAUAAUUUGUUCAUAAUUCAUAUUCAUAAUUAUUAUAUAAUCGCUUGGAAAUGGCGACAAAGACUAUUUGAGUUUCA